CAGUCACCAGUCAGUCCGGUCGAGCCGUCUGUGCAUAGCAUGUCGUAAUACCCAUUGGAACUCUACAUGAAUACUGGUUUUAGUCAUCUUCAUCCAGAACACUAUAAAUUGUACGUUUGACCCCUAUGGCCUACAGGGAACACCAUUUCUAUCCUCUCGAGGCCGGAGGAACAUCAUGAAAUGAAUAUACCGGUAGUCGGUACGGUACGAGACGGGGGCCGCGGAGAAGACUUCAGCCGCUGCGCUUCCAGGCAACGACAAGCGAUUUGAGCUGCUUUAUCUUCUCAAAAUCAUCUUCGCUGCAGCUGCAGCGUCACUAUCAACAGCCCUCAUGAUAAAUUCAGGGGGUUAUUAACUCUCCCGUUUCAUUGCAUCAAGACACAGGGAAGGAGGAUCGGAGUGGAACUGGGAAGCCAUUGACCCAUUGAAUUGAAUUUUUGAGUGGGAGUGGACAUCACAGACGUCAGACAAUAACCAGACCACUCACCUCCGACGUCACAAUACCUUGUAAAGGAGAUUAUCAUUAAGGAUUAAACUCGCCCCAUCCAGAUCUAAUUAAAUUGGAAAGGAGAGUUUUCUGUCUUGUUUGUUGAUGUCAUUUGCUGUCUGGAUUUCACUCUACCCGGAUCUACUGAGUACUGUCUUUACUAGUUUCAUACUUCUAUUUUAAUGUAGGGCCUUCCCUUGUUUGUGGGUACCUGCAAAAUAUAUUGAGUGAGUUGAGUUGAACAUCCAUUAUUCAACACAUCUUUAUCAACUGAUCAACUGUUAUGAUAAAAACCAACCAGUGUUACUCAGGUGUUACUACAUGCCUCCGAUGACCAGAUAGAGAGAGAACCCAAAUAGUUGUUCUGUUUUAUAACUCUGGAGUUUUUUGGCGGCUGAUAAUGACUGAUGUUCACCAUUGGAAGCCCCCACAUCACAUUUGACUCUUGAUUUUUGUGGGAACAAAAUGAAACUUUAACAAGUAAAGUGAUUGAUAUCUGAUGCAGAGAAUUCAGUUUUAUGUGUUCUUUGUCAUCCAAAUGUGAAAUUGCACUUAUUUUGCAGAGUUUUAUCAUCACAUCCCAGGUGUAAUGAUUACCAGUUACCAAAAUGGCUCAUAUAUUUGGGAGUCUUCUUGCUAAUGGAUACCACGUUGUCAUCCUUGGCUUGGAUGAAUCUGGCAAGACAUCGGUGCUGUACCGUCUCAAAUUGGAUGAAUAUGUGAACACUGUCCCAACAAUCAGCUUCAACACAGAAAAGAUUAAAUGUAAGAAGGGCUCGGCCAAAGGAUCAACGUUCAAGUUGUGGGAUGCGGGUGGAGCGGAGAAGCUACGUCCUUUGUGGAAAUCGUACGCAAGAGCUGCUGAUGCCAUUGUUUACGUCGUAGACAGCACGGACAAGGAACGGUUUGAUGAAGCCAGGUGUGAACUUUUCAAGGUGGCACAACUUCAAGAGACCAAGGGUGUCCCGAUAUUGCUGAUCGCAAACAAGCAGGACCUGAGGCAAGCAGUUGGUGCGGCAAACAUCGAAGAGGCGUUGAGCAUACCUGAGCUAAGGACACAGCAACAUACCGUGAAUGUGCUUGCAGGGUGUGCGUUGACAGGAGAAGGGUUUGAAGAAGUCCUUGACACCUUGAAAGAUAUCAUCGAUAAGCAUCGGAAACUGCUGAAGCAACAGAAGAAAGGAAGAUAACCGAUGCUGGAGAGAGGGGGCUAUAUUAUCCUUUGGGGUAACAUUUUCAUCACCAUCUCUCUCAUUCAUUUUGAACGCAGUAUUUUGUUGCCCCCCACAAAGACCCACCUUUUGUAUUAUUUGUAACCUCUUUAUGAACCAUUAUGUAUUGCUGCCUUAUCUACAUUAUUUUAUUCUAACACUUGAGUACAGUACAGUAUGUUAUAUUGCAGCAGAUGUACAACGAAAUGCAUUAUUUUCAAGUGGAGGUUGUGUGAAAAACACUCAUGAAUUAUUGCAUAUUAUUAUGUCAUUUUCUAAUUUCUUGUAUACAAAUCAUCCUCCCCAUAGGACUCCCCCUGGGAAGGGUGUCGGGGGGGGGGGGGGGGUAACUGAAGGAAUUUAGGAAAUCUAGAUUAAAGAUAACCACUUUAGGGUAACUUCUUUAUUCCUGAAAUGGAGGAGUUUAUGCAAAACCAUUUUGUCAUUUGAAUUUCAUUGAAAUAUAGGCCUUUUCUUUGUUCUUUUGACAGAAUCUUUCAUUCAUUUGAAUUAAUUGCGACUCUGACUAAUCUUUAACCGAUCAAUAUUGCCUUGAAAUACAUGAUGUGCAGAUGCAGUACAUUGUAUGCUCUAGAACCUUGGUUUAUAUACACCUUUGCCAUUAUUUAUUAAUUCAGUUGAUUAUUUAUGUGUAAAUUAUGGUUAUUGGAUAUAUCUUGAUUGUGUGUGUUCAGUAGAAUUCCAUUUUCUCUGAGUUUACAGUGCCUGUAUAGACCUAUUAAUGUAUUGAUCAUAGUAUUCCUACAAUCAGAGUGUGAUCAAACAUGCACUCAUACAUUGUAGGCUGCAUAGAUAUGUUACUCCUUUGAGAGUGAAUAUUUGAAUCAAUUUCAUGGGCCCUGUUUAAAUUUCUAUCCUUGGCAAGGACUUGUAAUAAAAUUGUUAUUUAUUUUAAAUGAUAACAAAUUAUAAUAUUUAUUAAUCUAGUUAAUCAUGCUAUGGCAUUUGGUAAAUGAUAUGUGAAAUGCUUUAAUUAUCAUUGCCUUCAGCCCUUCAGCCCU